UACGGCUCGGUUACACAUCCUCACGGAAUGCCGCCUUCAGUCGCGUUUAAACUUCGAGCCGCGAAAGCACUACGAAACGUAAGUACACAAGAAUGUCCCAAUGGAAUUUUAAGAACUGAACAUGGCUUUAGUGAAUAGUGCCAUAGUCUUUAGUUUUGUAUACAUUUUUGGGAUCCUUACAGCUACUUAUGGAGAUAUUCAUUUCGAGAAGCCACAAAUCCUGUCGGAAUACGAAUACACUGUAGAAGCAAAUGAAAAUCAUGAGAUAUUCUGCCAAGGAAACAAGCCACUGAAAUGGUCUGUGCCAGAGCCAAACAUAGAGGAAAAUGGAAGCUCAUCGACGUCUUUCAGAACACAAGAAGAAAAACCUGAAAGCCCAAAGUUUAAAUAUGGUCUCCGCCUGUUCAUAAGCAACAUGACCUAUCAUUAUGUUGGCUUUUAUUAUUGCCAUUAUGAAGAUACGUAUAAAGAAGAUGAAGACAACAGUGCUAGCGUGUAUCUUUUUGUACAUGAUGAGAAGCAUCUAGCAGUCGAACCUCUUGUUAGCGUACUUGCUGUGCAGUAUCAAACAGCCGUGAUUCCCUGCAGGCCUACUUCCAAAGACGUCGAGGUGACACUACAUGAUGAGUAUGGAAACGAAGUUCCUGUGAACAAGCUUCGGAAACGCAGAGUAUAUCGAUUCGACCCACACAAAGGUUUCAUCACAAAUGACACAGCAAGACCCACAGACAUACGAAAUCUUCACGCCACAUUUACGAGGAAUAAUCUGUCUGAAGCUUGCUUGGGCGUGCUGACCGUGGAGACUGCUGUAAGCCAUUUGGACACUCCAGAAGUGACCGACUUGAAGAAAGGUCAUACAGUGGUAGGUGAAGAAAUAGCGUUACGAUGUACAGUAACGUCACAAAAUUCAGUAACGUUCAAGUGGAAACGUGAAGAUGGAAUAAAACUGGACCCAAACAGAAUAAAAUAUAUGACUCCUGAAAGUCUAACUGCACAGGAGCUACAUAUAAAGAAUGCUUUAUUAGAAGACGCUGGCCAAUAUACUUGCCAAGUAUCAGACAAUCAGCAACAUACGACGGCAGCUACUGUGCAAGUCAAAGUUCUUGGUGCUGAUGAAUAUUAUAUAAAUAUAACUGAACCAAAUGAUAUCAGAUACAUGGUGUCUCAUGUGGGAGAAGAAAUGAUACAGUGGGUAGUGCAUGUAGAUGGACAUCCAGAAGUGAUUGUCAGAUGGUUGAAAAACCACAAUGAGACCAUAAAAAUGGAAAGUGGCUCAAAGUAUGAGGCUUCGUAUAAUGCCACGAGAAAGACAGCUGUUUUGAAAAUCAAGACAAUUGCCAUGAGUGAUUUUGGCACUUAUACCUUAGACGCCAAAAAUAGUCGAACUGAAAAAUCGAUGGACUUUUUCCUCAACGUUACAGACAAGCCGGCUGUUCAAAUGAAAGUUCCACGUUUUUUCCCCAUGGGAAAACCAGUUAAAGUUACAUGUAACAUUGCAGCAAAUCCACCACCAAAGAUUCAUUGGGAGCUAAAAUCUUGUAGUGAAUGCAGUUUUGUUCCUAUUUCAGGACAUACGGUAGACGAAGAAGGAUUCCACUUUACGUCUGAGACUACCGUAUUAGCCAAUAAUUCAGGGUUACUUAAAUGUUCUGCAAGCAAUUUGAUUGGUACUGAUGAAGAGAUAAAACCAUUCAUUGUAACAGAUGUGGAAGAUGGAUUCAACUUGUUCGCCUACGAAGAAGACGCUGUUUUGAAUUCCACUCACGCCAUAUUUGCUGAAGGUGAUAGAAUUGCUUUCACGUGUGGUUCAUCCUAUACUGAUCAUGGGCCCAUAAUUUGGUUGCUAGAUGGAAAAGUACUAACUGCCAACGAGAAGUAUGUUAUAGAAAAGAGCUACACUGACCACUCUAAUAGGAGCACGAUGAAUAUACUUUUCGGAAAGAAAGAAGAUAGUGGAAAAUAUACCUGUAGAAUAGAAAAUCGGGACAAAUUUCUGGAAAAGGAUAUUUAUGUCACCGUUACAGAUCCUAUUAAACCUGUCUUAGUACAGACCAAUAUGAGGGGAGGAGUCUCUGAAACGGAAUAUCCACUUUCAUACAAACUCAUCUGCAAGGUAUUUGGGGUACCAAAACCUCAAAUUACUUGGUACAAGAACGACGUGGUUUUCCAUCCAUCUGAAGGAAGAAUAAUGGAACUAGGAGGUAAUCAAGUUUUAUACUUCAACAGAACGGACGUUAUGGAUGAAGGAACUUACUCUUGCUCUGCUAGAAAUAGAAUGGGUGGAAUAUCAGCACAACAAGUACUCAAAUUCAAAAAUAUACCAAGGUACUUUUGGCUGUUUGUGGUGAUCGGAUUUCUUGUGGUCCUCUUCAUAGCGGCAAUAAUUUACAUAAUUAUAAAAACCAGAAGAGAAAAGAAAUUGCAAAGAGAGCUAAAGAAGAUUGGCCUAGCGAAUUUCGAAAAAGGAGCUGUUGAAAAUAUUAAUCCUGAAUUAGGCAUUGACGAUCAGGCUGAACUCCUGCCAUAUGACAAGAAAUGGGAGUUUCCAAUUGAAAGGCUGAAGUUAGGCAAGCAAUUGGGUUCUGGGGCUUUUGGAGUCGUCAUGAAAGGUGAAGCCAAAAACAUCGUUGACGGUGAGCCUGUCACCACAGUGGCAGUGAAAAUGGUGAAAAAGAAUGCCGAUAACACUUAUAUUAAAGCAUUGGCAUCGGAAUUGAAGAUAAUGGUACAUCUGGGCAAACAUCUGAACGUAGUGAACCUCUUGGGAGCUUGUACUAAAAACGUAGUGAAAAGAGAGCUGAUGGUUAUUGUAGAAUACUGCAGAUACGGAAAUCUGCAGAAUUAUCUUCUGAGGCAUAGAGACAACUUCAUAAAUCAAAUAGAUCCCAGGACAGGAAAAAUUGAUUACACUAUUGGCCAAGAAUAUGAUUUGGAUAGGUCUUAUUCGGUAUCUAGUAACAAAAGUAACAACUGUUAUUCCCCAUCAAUGAAGUAUGCUGCAUUAACAUUUUCAAACCAUAGUGGAAAUUCAAUACUACCAACUCAAAGUGAAAUGGGCGACUACAGGUCUUCAGCUGGUACUCAGAUGACAACUUUACCAGAUGAUGGUACAGUGUUGAGUAAUAACAGCAUUCAGCCAGAGUGGAGGUCAAAUUAUAAGGGUGAUUAUAAAGGCAAUGUAAAACCGAUUUGUACAAAGGACCUCUUAGCGUGGUCAUUCCAGGUUGCAAGAGGAAUGGAAUAUCUGGCUUCGAGAAAGGUUUUACAUGGAGACCUUGCAGCCCGUAAUAUUCUAUUAUCGGAUAAUAACAUAGUGAAGAUUUGUGAUUUUGGGUUAGCCAAAAGCAUGUAUAAAAGUGAUAACUACAAAAAACAGGGAGAUUGUCCUCUUCCUAUAAAGUGGAUGGCAAUAGAAUCCAUAAGGGACAGAAUAUUCUCUACACAGUCUGACGUCUGGUCAUUUGGAAUAGUUCUGUGGGAGCUAUUCUCGUUAGCUAGGACGCCGUAUCCUGGGAUGGAGGCUGACGAAAGGCUGUACCAUAAGCUAGUGGACGGAUAUAGGAUGGAGGCUCCAGAAUAUUCACCCAAAGAAAUAUACCGACUGAUGUCCGAAUGUUGGUUAACAAACCCUCUAUCUAGGCCGUCUUUCGGAAAAUUAUCAGAAACAUUGGGGAAUCUGUUAGAAGAUACACUCAGAAAGCACUAUGUGGAUCUGAACGAUCCUUAUUUGGCCAUGAACACAAAGAUGAUCGAAGAAAGUUCAAACGAUUAUCUUGCAAUGGUCAGUCCUCCGACAUUUGAAGCGAUAGCUACACCCAACUAUCAAAAUGACAUGGUCACUGAUCAGCAAUUUGAAGAUCAGGGAUAUAUGAGCAUGAAACCAAAUACCAUCUUCAGUCCUCGCUAUGAUGAAGGUCAAGUGUUCGACUUCAGCCCAAACAAUCGCAAAAGCCUUCACAGCGAGGAAGGUGGUGGUCACGAACUACUGCCAAUGCUUCACCCUCACCAAGGCGAGUCUGACACUGACACGCCUCUUCAAAGUCCCAUGGCUGUCUCUAACCCAACCUAUCACCAGCUGCCCCUUGCAGGUAACAUUGUGAAAACAGCUGACAACUAUGUCAACAUGCUACAAAACAAACAGAUUAUCAAGGACAGUAAGAAAGAAGAUAUUGAGAAGCCGGACGCGAGUUAUGUGAAUAGUUGUAGUAGAGACUGGGAAGCGGUAGUGUGAUGAGCUUCAGUUGUUUGAUCUCGAAUCAGUUAGUUUAUCGGAGGUCUGCUACGGGUACUGAAUGAAAUCGCACCUUACCAGAACAAUCGUAAACUGGCUAGAAAAUAUUGGACUACUUUGGAUUUUGGGGAGACCAAAAUUUUAAGCCCCGUUUACAAUGGUCCAAGUUGAGUCCCAGGUGGCAUGCUGACCUAUGUAGAGAGGUCUUAGAUUACUUCCAAUCUUGCCAAUAAUGGAGUGAAUAGACUUUUUUAUUUGAGAUACGUUACAAAAAUUAUAUUUAAUUUACACCCAGUAUCAGUUUUUUCGCGGUUUAUUAUAUUUUUUAUCUUUUGAAAGGUCCUUGAACGAAAGUGUCCAAUAUUAGUUUUUAAUCUAAAUGUACUUAAGUAUUUGUUAUGACAAAUGGAUCUCCUGACUCGUGUACAUAGAAAAAUAAUAUUAAUAAUUAUGUUUUGAUAAAAUGUAUUAUCAUGUACGUAAAGUUGUACUUAAUAAUUAUGGUAUUUGAAUACUGUAACAUUCCAGUAUCCAAAAAUUCUCACUUUCACAGAAUUCAAAUUUAAAGAAAAAGUACUCAUAAAUAUCUGCUCCUUGAAUGCCUAUAUAGAUAAUAAGUAAAACUGUGGUAAUAGAAGUGAAUCUUUUUGCUAUUUUGUUACAUUUUUCUGUUAAAUUGAUCUUUUUAGAAUUCCAAAAGCAUUAAUGAAAAUACAUCAGAUCUCUAACAGCGCCACAAGAAAUUGUAUCAUCAUUCCAUGUGCCAAAGUUUAGCUUUUAGUUUGAGAAAUUUUUAUUUGUGUAUAUUAAAAUCAAUAAAAAAACAUUAAUACU